AUGCAGACCCCAUACGACUGGUACGCUCCUCCACACACAUAUCCCUCCACUGCCAAUGAUUUUGGAGGCCGCACAUAUCCCUCUCCGGCCCCCAGCAUCGACCCCUCGCCAGGCCCGCUGCCUCAUCUCACCCUCCAGGAGCCAUUUGCGCACCACAACAGGAUGAGUGUCGCGUAUGCGCGGAGACAAUUGGAGGUCGACCAGGCUGCGGCCCGCUUUCCCGAACAAAGGGACAUGCAGCUUCCCUAUCACACUCACUCUCCCUCCACUUCCAUGGCGUCCCCGUACUCUCCCUACCCCUCCCGCAACAUAGACCCCUUGCUCGAUGAGGCCCGUAUCCCGUCUCCUGCCCUCAGCUCUGGUUCUGGUUCUGGUUCUGGUUCUGGUUCUGGCUCUGUUUCCGGAUCAGCUCGAUCCCCUUUGUCUGCAGGGGCUUCCGAGGACGCGUCUUAUCCUCGUGCUCAAUCGACUGCGAUGCCCACUCGGCGCAUUCAAAAGCACACAAAGCAUCGCCUACUGGCUGCAGACCGAAAGGCUAUCUGUUUGUACCAUCUCAACGCAAAGCAUGCCCGUCAGGAGGACAUCGCCAAUCGUUUUGGCUGCGAGCGCAGCACUGUCAGCAAAAUUCUCAAACACAAGGAUAAAUGGCUCAAUAUCUCAACAGCUAUGGAGGCAAGCAACAGUGCCAAAUCAAGGGGGAGCAAGUUUCCCAUCAUAGAGUUAAAAUUAUCCGAGCAUUAUCUGUACAAGUGGUACAACAACAACACCGUCAUUACAGACCAGCUUCUCCGCACUACUGCUCUUCAGAUAGUCAAAGACGAAAAUCUCGGGUUGACCAAUUUCAAAGCUAGCUCGGGCUGGCUUGAAAACUUCAAACAUCGCUACAAAAUUCGACGCGGAGAAUGGCUCGAAGGACCCAUUAAGAACAAACUCAAGUACGGCACUGAGGCUCCUACCCAACAGCCAUACCCAACCCCGGACAAUCCUCACGCACCAGUGCCUCUUAGCGAUCAGGUAGAAGUUUACAAUUCUUUGCGCCCGUCCCAGAGCAGCAACGCUAUUGACACGGAACCACCCAUUGACCCCCCCUCUCCGGGUCCUUCACUGGCAGAACUGAUGAAGAGAAACACGACAGGGGAGAACGGCGAAGAAUUGCUGUCUGUUUCUGACAUCAUUGUGCAAAAUGCACCCCCGGACUAUGGCAAACGGCUCUACCCACUUUUCUUGCCCGCAGAGGAUGCUCGCGAGCGUUGGGAGCAAUUGAGGGCUGAGCCACGUCAGCCCACCAUCAGCCUUCAGCACAUAAUGGAUUCGGCAGACAAACUGGCGUCUUUCUUCGACAACGAAGGCCGCGGAAUCAUAAAGCCUGCCGAAAAGCGCGUGCUUGAGCACAUCAGGAGUGCACUUAUGCAUCUGAGCAUGGGGCAUGACUGGGAACGAUGA